AAAAUGCCCCGCCGAUGCCGAAAUGAUCAACAGUCAUUCGACAGCAUCGACCCAGUGAAUAACUCAUCUUUCACACUCAACACAAAGACCCUACAAUCCUAAAUAUGCACACUAGUACCGCUAUCGCUUUGAUCGCCUCUCUGGCAUUUUGUGCUGCGGACGUCUCUCAUUUGUCGCUCUCCCGUAACUAUUUGCCACCGCAGAGCGGUGCAGGCGGUGCUGGCGGUGUUGGCGGUGCUGGCGGCUACUCGUAUCCAUCCACAUAUACGGGCAGCGGGGGCUACUCCAACGGGGGCUACUCAAAUGGGGGCUACGGCAACGCUGGCUACUAUUCAGGCUCUGGCCUUGGUUCCAGCUACUCCGGCCCAUUGGUUGGCUCCGGCUACAACAACUAUGCCUCCGGGCCGCAGUACAACAGCUAUGCCACGCCGUCUAGCACCUAUCUGCCAGCACAGAGGGGCUUUGGCAGCUCUGGCUUCGGCAGCCCUGGCUACAGUGGCCUGGACACCAAAUAUGCUGCCAAUGGCGGUUAUGUUUAUUAGGAUGACUACAUCGCCAACAAUGCCUGGACCACAAUCAAUUAAAUAAACAAUGCAACGAUUGCUUACACAACACAUAUACAUAU